AGCACAAGACGGCGUGCUGACCAUGCUGAGUGACGGUUGACGAGUGGGCCAUGCUUUAAAUUGAAUGAUUCUUCGUGAUGUCGGAAUAUGGGGCAAGCUGCGUGCGUGUUUGAAUGGGAUGGAUGUUUGUCCCAACUACACCAGUGAUCUCUACUUUAGUCAUCGUUGCUUGCAUCAUCGUCUGCAUGCAUCAUCUUCAUCUCUGUUAACACAGACUUCACCAUCACCAUCAGCCAAUUCAGAAUCGAUCAGACUGAGUUUGAAGCACAGGCCUUCAUAUGUUGCUGAAUACAAGUCCCUCGCUACAUGUGCAUGUAUGCUAGUCAAGUCCUGUUCUGAUGUAGCAGCCUUCCCAGCCCAUGACUCAGAUCAGGUUUGGUGCAUGUAACUCAGCCCAAUCCCCUGCUAAAUUUCCUUCCUUCAAAGCUGGUAAGUCUAGUUCUAUUUUUUUUUUAUGGAUCAGCCUUCUUUCAAUGGCCAUUCUGACGCAAUCACUGCUUCCACUGCUUUUGUCUUCAUCAUAUACAUUGUAUAUACCUCACACCGAGUUUAGCACCAUGGCAACAGGACAUCAAACCCAAUUUUUAUCUACUUGGAAAGACAAGUCCUGAUCAAAACAGACAGCAGCUUCACAGCCAGGAUUCCAAUAUCUAGAACUAUCUAGCUUUAUCUUGUCUUUGCAAGUGUUCGUCCAUGCUCAGUUUUUGCAUUAAGGCAAUAGCUACUUGACUUUUGAUGUUUUGAUGAGUUAGCCACGCCCCUUAGACAACCCUAUGGAAUUUUUGUACACUAAUUUUUGUUUGUCUCAGAUGUUACGUUGCGCGUUCCGCGUCCAUUUGUAUAUCAUGUAAUUCGACAAUAUUUCACAAGCUGCGUUGACGCGAAUAUAAUGCGAUUCUACUGCGAUAGGUCAAUUCUUUUAUACUUAAGGUAAAUGAAGAGCUUUGCCAUCUUUCAAUUUGAUUUCCUGAGGGAUUGAAGGAAAGAAUGUUGCAACCUGAUGCUACU